GAAAAGAGGAUAGGCAUUCCAAUGGAACACAGUAACUCCUGGAAAACUAAAUUUCUCUUAAACAGAGUAAAAUCUGAGUUCAAUAGAGUUAAAAUGGAGUUAAAGUGGAGCUAAACGGAGUUAAAAUGGAGUUAAGUCUGCAGAUUGAGUGUGUAAAUAAGAGAUUAGUGUUGUGUGUGUUCAGUGUUAGUUUAGUGUGUGAUUAGUGUUUAGUGUGUGUUUAUUGUUCUAGUGGAUCAGACAGGGAGAAAUGUCUCUCUGUAGCUCAGUGAUGAAGACUCUGCUUUUCUUCACAUGUUCUCUUCAUCUUUCAUCAGCAGACACACACUCGCUGCAGUUUUUCUACACUGCAGUUACACCUGGAUUAAAUUGCCCAGAAUUCACUGCUGUGGGUCAAGUGGAUGGACAGCAGAUUGGCUACUACGACAGUAAGAGGAGAGAAGUCAUAAUGACUGAGUGGAUACAGAAGGUGACUACUGAUAAGCCAGAUCACUGGAACAGAAUCACACAGAUUUCAAAGGAACAUCAGGAGGUCUACAUUGCCCGUGUAGCUACACUAAUGCAGCUCUUUAAUCAGACUGGAGGAAUUCACACAGUGCAGCUGAUGUUUGGUUGUGGGCUCGAUGAUGACAACACCACUAGAGGAUAUAGACAGGACGGUUAUGAUGGAGAAGAUUUUAUCAGUUUUGACCUGAAAAAUCUCACAUGGACUGCAGCUAAUCCACAAGCCAUGAUCAUCAAGAACAGGAGGGAUAAUGACCCUGGUAAUAAUAAUGAGUGGAAGGACUUCCUGGAGAUCGAGUGUAUUGACUGGUUAAAGAUGUACAUGGCUUAUGGCAGAGAGACUCUAGAGAGGAAAGAUCCUCCUACAGCAUCAGUGAUCCAGAAACACUCGCCUUCUCCAGAGGUGGUGUGUCACGCUACAGGUUUCUUCCCCAAAGAGGUGAUGAUCUCCUGGAGGAAGGACGGAGAGGACGUGAACGAGGACGUGGAGCUCAGAGAGACGUUACCCAACCAGGAUGGAAGCUUCCAGAAGAGAAGCAUUCUGAAAGUCCCAGCUGAGGAUCUGCAGAAACACACCUACACCUGCGUGAUUCAGCACAGCAGCUUGAAGGAGGAGUUAGUGCUAGAAGUACCAAAAGGUGGAGGACUGAUGCCUAUCAUCGUUGGUGUUCUCGUGGCUCUCGUUGUUCUCGUUGUCGUUGUUGCUGGAAUUAUGGUCUGGAAGAGGAAGAACUGACUUCAGACCUGUUCCACCUGAACUCUGAGAGACCAGGAGAUGGAGAUAAGGGUCGCACACACACACACUUUUUAUAUUUUUUUCUGUCCUUCAUUACACUGAGGAUGAUGGCGACGGUAUUUCAGCUGAAACAAAGCUAGUGUCCAGCUCUGCUCUGUGUAGUGUCAUAUCAUCGUGGAUGAAGGCUCAAUGGCUGAAACUUAAUCCCAGCAAAACUGAACUGCUGCUUGUUAUGUUUGUCUAUACCGUAACCUUCGGAAAAACAAUUUAGGGACAAUUAAUAACACAACGUACACUCACGGAUACCUUACUUCUACUCUCCUUUUAUUUAUUGACAACAUACAACAUUUUAUUACCGGUGCCACCCACAGGCACCUGAGGGAACAACAUGUCAAAACAAAGAAGGUAGACUGCCUCUUGCCUCGAGCCAAUUCGGGGAUUAUUCUGCCCCAUGACAGAACAGGCCCACUAACAACUAAUUACAGUUCAGCAAGGUUCACAUUUCUUUUCUUUUUUUUUUUUUUACUUCUACAACGUCAGACGGUUUGGAGGCUUAAUUACUCUACAUGGAUAACGUCUGACUGGCACAGAUGAAAUAUCAGAUAUGCCCUGUGCUAACUGGCUCUCUGCUGGUGAGUCACUGGAAACAUGUAGCUCCUUCUGUGAUGGUGUGGAAGGAAUGACACUUCCAGAUGUCUGGACAGGAGCAGGCACCUCACUAGUAUCAGAUGGCUGUGCCCCCUGCGUUUGAACUGUUUUAUUGGGAAUGGACAAGAGUUGAUCCGCAUGGCAUCUCCAUUCCUCAGAAGCUCCUACAUCUUACAGUGUAAGAUAUUGGCCCACUUCGAGCAGUCACCACACCUGAUGACCAUCUCUCUCUCCCCCUGUAAUCUCGAGCCAGCACUGUAUCACUGAUUUCAAACCGUCUUGGCUGUGAAUGACCAGCUCGACGAAGGAUCUGGGCAGUCUGUGAAGAUCGCACAGGGUCUGUGAAGAAUACACUGGGUUUCAGAGCAUCCAGACGUGUGCGUAGCUGGCGUCCCACAAACAACAUGGAGGGAGAUUCCUUUGUUGUUGGGUGUGGUGUGGUGUGUUGUGAUACAUUAGCAAGAAUGAAUCAAGCCGUCUCUGUAGAGUAGAUGAGCCCUUAGAGGCCUUCAAUGCUUGUUUCAGAGACUGAACAAACCUUUCAGCCUGCCCAUUGGUAGCUGGAUGAUAUGGAGCUGAGCGGAUGUGUUUUACAUUGUUGCCCUUCAAGAAAGCUGCAAACUCCUGUGCAACAAACUGUGGUCCAUUAUCACUCACGAGGACCUCAGGCACUCCAUAAUGACUGAAGAGGUUUCGCAGGACUCCGAUUGUUUUUUCUGUAGUUGUUGAUGUCAUUAACUGCACUUCAGGCCACUUAGAAUGUGCAUCAACCACAACCAGAUACAUAUGGCCCUC